CUCCAACAUCCCACCCCCCGAGCUCCGGACUCCUUGGCUCUCAACAUUGCCCGGCCAAGCACACCUGAAUCCCGCAUGCCUCGGGACUGCCUGUCAACAUUCGUCCCUCUCUGUCUGUCCGACAAAUCACAAAACAAGCUUUGCCUAGCUUUGGAUCUGCCGUAGUCGCCCCCCCUUGCUCGCCGCUUAGCUCACACCGUCCUAUCGCCCACUCGCCCACGUGCCUCUCAAUAAGUACCAGGCCACGCCCAAGGAGGACGGCGCAGUUGACACCGUCCUCGCUUCCACUUCAUCCCAAGCUCAGGUAUGCGCCGCCUGGCCCCUACUUCCACGGAAUAGCCUGGCCUCCUUGGGUUGUUACAAUAUCGACUUCAAGGGCUCACUUCGCUCUACUAACACAUUUCCCCCGUGGUAGCAGCCCUUUGCGACAGCGACCAUGUCUUCCUCGACUAUUAGGCGCCGUGCCAUCCCCACCGACAGCAACGUCGAUAGCGAUAUUUCGACCCCUCGAGGCGAAAGCCCCGAGAAGCCCGAGACUGUAGCUCACGUUGUUCACCAUGUAAAACCCAAGACACGGAAACGCCGGAAUGGCGCCAUCUUUUUACUUGGAAGUUUGUUUGGAAUCAUAGCCGCCGGCUUUUUCGCGAAAAGCAACGACCUCAUAGAUUUCCCCGAGCUUGGAGAGCUUAGCAUGGACAGCUUCUUCGAUGUUCUGCCAGCUGGCUUGGUUAAGGACAUGCGGGAGCUUGUGCAAGGCGAGAGAGAAUUCGUCGAUAGCUACGAUGCCUUCUCCGUAGGUUUGCAAGCCCGCGCCGAGGGUCUUCAUGCCCAUCACCCCAUGAUCAUGGUCCCUGGCGUCAUCUCAACAGGCCUCGAGUCGUGGGGCACGGCCAACGUUUCCCGCCAGUAUUUCCGAAAACGCCUCUGGGGUAGUUGGAGCAUGAUGCGUGCGCUGGUCCUCGACAAGGAGAACUGGAAGAAACAUAUCAUGCUGGAUCAGGAGACCGGCCUUGACCCCCCUCAUAUCAAGUUACGAGCUGCUCAAGGCUUUGACGCAACCGACUUCUUUAUCACCGGUUACUGGAUCUGGAACAAGAUUUUCGAGAAUCUGGCAUCGAUAGGCUACGACCCGACUAAUUCCUUCACUGCCGCGUACGACUGGCGUUUGGCGUACCCCAACCUCGAAACACGCGAUCAGUACUUUUCGAGGCUCAAAUCUUACAUUGAAACUGCGCAUGCGUUUUCGGGCAAGAAGGCCGUUCUCGUGUCCCACAGCAUGGGAGGGCAAGUCCUUUUCUACUUCUUCCACUGGGUCGCAUCCGAGAGUGGUGGACGAGGUGGCGAUGAUUGGGUCGAACAGCACGUCGAAGCUUGGAUCAACGUGAGUGGCUGCAUGCUUGGUGCUGUCAAGGACUUGACAGCUGUCUUGUCAGGUGAGAUGAGAGACACAGCUCAGCUGAACGCCUUUGCCGUGUACGGCCUCGAGAAGUUCUUGAGCAAAGACGAAAGAGCCCAGCUCUUCCGAGCAAUGCCUGGCAUUUCUUCUAUGCUUCCCAUUGGAGGAGAUGCUGUUUGGGGCAAUGCGACAUGGGCACCUGAUGACAAGCCGGAUCAGGAGCUGUCUUACGGUUCUCUCCUCAACUUCCGUAGCGGCAUGAACUGGACAACUCCGGAACGGAAUCUGACGGUGGAGUCAGCCAUGAACUAUCUCUUUAACACGACAGAGGAGUGGUACUCGAGGAAUGUGAAGGGUGCCUAUUCCCAUGGUGUAGCACACACUCAAGCCGAGGUCGACGCCAACGAAAAAGACCCAAACAAAUGGAUCAACCCCCUGGAGACACGUCUGCCUCUGGCACCGAGCCUCAAGAUCUACUGCUUCUACGGUGUAGGUAAGGCAACGGAGCGAGGCUACUACUAUCGAUCACCAGACGCACCGGCUCUCACGAACCUGAACAUCACAAUCGACACAACCCUCACGCAGGGAGAGGUGGAUCAUGGUGUCGUCAUGGGAGAGGGCGACGGAACAGUAAAUCUUCUCAGCACGGGAUACAUGUGUAACCGCGGGUGGAACUACAAAAGGUACAACCCAGCCGGUGUCAAGGUGACGGUUGUCGAGAUGGAGCACGAACCCGAGCGAUUCAAUCCCCGCGGAGGACCCAAGACGGCAGACCACGUGGAUAUUCUCGGGCGGCAACAUCUGAACGAGCUCAUCUUGAGGAUCGCGGCGGGCAAGGGAAAUACGAUUACCGACUAUGUUGUUAGCAACAUUAAGGAGUACGCCGACAAGGUUAAGGUGUAUGACGACGGCCAAAGACCCGAUGAGGAGCAGGACACCUGGGAGGAGACUUUGGAAAAACUGGUCGGCAACAGUUCAUGAGCAGUCCGAGUAGAGGCGUUAUAUGGCGCAAGGGUACUGAGAGUAUUUGGAGCAUUUGGGAACGGUUACGACACGGAUACAAUACCCUCUUAUUCAACGAAUUUCUGUGUUUCCAUUCCUUUAGCCUUCCUGUCUUAAUAGGUAAUUAUUGAACGAGAUAUACGCUAUACAUAGAGCUCGCAGCAUAGGUACUUUUACAAGACGAACCUUUGAGAC